AUGGAGUCAGGCCUCUCACAAGCCUUCCAGGAAGAGCUCAUCUGCUUUAUCUGCAGGAGUUACCUUACGGACCCAGUCACCAUAAGCUGUGGCCACAGCUUCUGUCGAGCCUGCCUUCAUCUUUCCUGGGAAGACAGCCUGCUCCCUGUCCAAUGCCCUACGUGUAGGGAACCAUGCCAGCAGAAGGACUUCAGAACCAGCACUGUUUUGAAGAAUCUGGUGUCCAUCGCCAGACAAGCCAGCCUCAUGAAGUACCUGAGCUCUGAGGAGCAUAAGUGUGUGACCCACAAGGAGACCAAGGGGAUCUUCUGUAUGGAGAACAGGAUCUACCUCUGUCGACUCUGCUCUGACUCCCAUGAGCACAGAAGUCACAGACACUGUCCCGUAGAAGCAGCUGCUGAGGGUCAAAUGGAGAGACUUCUGAAGCAAAUGGAAUCAAUAUGGAAUAAGAUCCAAGAAAAUGACGAGAAUCUAGAGACAGAGAAAACAAUGAUAACUCUGUGGAAGAACUGCUUGAUUCUAAGAGAAGAAAUGAUAAGGGCAGAGUACAGGACAUGUUAUCCAGACCUCUCUGAGCAGGAAGAAGAGCAUAUUGAGUGUAUGAAAGAAGAAGGCAAUUAUUAUCUAGAGAAACUCAUGGAAAGUGAAGCCAUGAUAGUUCAAAAGGGCAAACAACUAAGAGAUAUGUAUCAGGAGCUGAUGGCAAUGUCCCAGGAGCCAUAUGUGGUACUGCUCCAGGAUUUUGAUGACAUAUUCAGAAGGAGUGAGUCAAUGCAAAUGAUCAUGCCCCUGUCCAUGAAUCCAGAACUCUAUGUCCUAGCUUUCGGUUUACUGGGUGAAAACUUCAACUAG